AUGAACAUCCUCCGCAACCGAAUGGCUUCGAAGCCAACUUCUCUUUCUCUUGUUUUACUAGCGACCCUCCUACUACUCAGUCAAGUCCAUGGAGCUACAGAUACAGAUACCGGUCUUCCUCGACUCAGCACGGCUACCGAGACUUCGACGUCAACUACAUCCACAUCCACAUCAACAACGACAGGAACAAAUACAGCAACGACGUCGACGGGCACAGCUCUUCCAUCAUUGACAUCGACUUCCAGCACUCUGACAGAUAUUCCUACCGCUACCGUACCACCAACGUCUAAUGCCCCUUAUAUGCAACAAUCCAAUCUGCCAGAAGGCACCGUCUUCAUCGCUGUCGGAGGCGCCCUAGGACUAAUCGGAUUAUCAGUUCUGGUAUGGCGCGCGAUGGUGGCAUGGUCCAUCAACCGCUCUGUCCGCAGAGCCGCCUACCAGCAGACUAAAUCCGAUAUCAAGGCUGCCGCCGUCCUACGUCGAAGCAGUAGACGCAAAUCGAGCCGUCGUUCUGGUACUAGUGGUCGUCGUCGUUCCCGUCGCGAAACCCGCGGCACAUCGAUGAACAUGGAGAAACUGUCCAGGUCUGAUCGACAGAGUCACGUAUCCACCAAGACCCCGGCCACGCAAAGCAGUCUGUUCUUUUCGCCAACUGCAGGCGCCGGAAGCCAUCAAUCUAUCAAUAGAACAUCCACAUUUUUGCCUGCUGGUUAUUAUGCAGCCGGUAAUACAGCGAUGGGAAGUCAUAGUCAGGUCAAUCUUGGACGGAGCCCGCCGGGAACACCUACUUCGCCCCCAAGCCGUGGCUUCGAUGCCCCUUUCAACCGCUCAUCGCAUCAUUUAGCUGCAUCAACUAGUUCUUUGAACCUGAAUGCGCCGCCUCAGGGAAGAGUGCCGAGUGCUUAUCUCGAGGAUCUAUUCGACAGCCAUCCUCCAACUCGCCCCAACGGGCAGUAA